AAUUCACAGUGAUGAAGAGAUGUCAGCAAAUGGCAGAAAACGAUAACACAAAAAUCUAGCUUGUACUAUUAAUUCGCACGAAUAACUAUGGCAUCUACAGAUACUCUAAUACUGGGCAGUAUCAACUAUUAUUGUCGAGCAAGAUUUUACAGGCACCUACAAAACGUGUGUUUGCAAGGUUUGCAGAAGCACGGAGGUGAUCCGGUUUUGACAUUUUGGAAAGCAUUUGGAAUACUGAUGGAAGAUCGUGUGUCAGAAGCCAUUAGAGAAUUUGAAUCCAUCCAAGAAAGUGAAGAAGUUGUCCUUUGCUGUUUGAUGGCAUUAAUCUAUGCACAUAAAAAGGCACAAUUAAUUGACAAGGAAAGUGUACAUGAAUUGGAAACAAGAUUGAAAAAGAUUCGAACAAGUGUUGGUGAGAAUGCACUAUACUUUGGUGCAAUGUUUUUGUGGCACACAGGACGUCAUGAAAAAGCAAGAGAAUAUGUUGACAGAAUGUUGAAAAUGUCCAAUGGUUCAAAAGAGGGAACUAUUUUACGUGGAUGGAUUGAUCUUACAAGUACACGAGAUUCUGCCAUUAAGAAAUCCAUAAAAUAUUUUGAUGAGGCUUUACAGGAAGCUAAAUCAUCAGAGAAUAUUGAUGCACUGUUUGGGAAGGCUACAUAUCUUGUAAAGAAGAGUAAUUUCACUUUGGCGCUGGAAUUUAUUAAUAAAGUGGUUGUAUGUUUUCCUGAUUUUGAGCCUGCACUAAUUGAAAAGAUGAAAAUUCAACUUGCUUUACAAGAUUGGGAACAAACUAUGGACGUUGCUCAAAGGUGUUUGAAAUUAAACCGUUACUCUUUGGAUGCUCACAAAAUGAGUAUUAUAUCUUUUCUGUGUCGCGAUGGAAAGUACGAUGAAGCUGCUGAAAAGAUCAGUGAAUUGAUUCAUCUCUAUGACAGACAUGAACCUAAAAGUCAUUCACUGUAUUUCGAAGCGGGAAAGCUUUUUAGCCGUGUGUGUGGAAGGAAUACAUUAGUUCUUCAACAAACAUUUGAAUUAAUUGUUCGAGCCCAGUCUCUCAGUGAGACGAAUGCCGAGUACACUGUUGAACUUGGUAAUCAGUUAGUUAUGCAGAUGAAAAUACGUGAUGCAAUGAAGGCGUAUCGCAAAGCUAUGAAACUAGAUGAAACAAGUGUUCCUGCAUUGACUGGCAUUAUAAAUUGCCAACUUCUGGAGAAUAUGAUUGAAGAUGCUGAACAGCAACUUGAGUUUCUAAAUGAAAUUCAGCAGUCUAUUGGGAAGUCUGCGGAAUUGUCUUAUCUCGGUGCAGUCCUCGCUCGCAAAAAAGAAAAGAGAUUUGAGGAAGUUGUUAAUUUACUACACGAAGCUACGGACAGCCAUUUUAAAGAGUUGCAGGGCAUCCCUUUAGGAUUUGAGUAUUUUUUGAAGCUGAAUCCAGAGUUUUUAUUGCAAACCAUUGAAGAGUAUCUUGUCUUUGCUCCAAGUGAGCCUGUUGAGAAGGGCCAGUCUGUUUCUCCCUUACUGAAACGUUGUGCUGCGGUUCUUGAUCCAUUGACUAAAGCAACGCCAGGUGUUUUACAAGGUCUUUAUCUCAUGGCUAAAGUGCGAUAUCUCUCAGGUAAUAUUGAGGUAGCAAAGACGAUGUUGGAUCAUUGUUUGCAAAAGCACGAAAGAUUUUUUGACGGAUACUUGCUCAUGGCACAGAUUCAUCUAAGGGAAGGAAAUUACAGAAUGGCGGAUCAAUCCCUUGAUGUUGGACUUAGUUAUAAUUUUCAGGUUCGUGAUUCUCCUCAGUAUCAUUUAAUAAAAGCUUCUGUUCAUAAAAGUUUGGGAAAUCAUGAAGAAUGUAUUCGGACAUUAAAUAUAGCGAUGUCUCUGCCCGGUGUGAAAAAAUCAACUAGUCAAGGAGGUGUUAAGGGUAGCAGUUUGACUACAAGCGAAAGAGCAUCUGUGUAUUUGGAACUGGCAGCAGCACAUUCUAACUUAGAUCAUUCGCAUGAAGCUGCGAAAAUAAUGCAAGAUGCAAUGAACGAGUUUUCUGGAACUUCUGAAGAAGUCAGGGUUAACAUUGCAAAUGCAGAUCUGUUUUUAAAACGAGGAGAUUACAAAGAAGCACCAACGCUUUUUACGUUAUGAAUUAAUUCUUUUUGUAGUUACUUCAUUCAGGCGAGAGAGAAAAUGGCAGACAUUUAUCUGAAUUACCGCAAAGAUAAACGUCUUUAUGCCAGCUGCUAUCGUGAACUUUUUGACAAAUAUCCCAAUGCUCAAACCAGCCUACUAUUGGGAGAUGCCUAUAUGAGCAUACAGGAGCCUGAACAAGCAAUUGAAGUUUACGAAUCUGCUCUAAAACGCAACCCUCGUGAUAGUACACUGUCCACCAAGAUUGGACAGGCACUGAUUAAAACACAUAAUUACAACAAAGCUAUAAACUAUUACGAGGCAGCCGUAAAAUCUGGAAACCAAGGAUUUCUUAGGUACGAUCUUGCUGAACUCUAUAUGAAACUGAGAAACAACGAAAAAGCAGAAAAAGUAAUUCAAGCUGCUCUACUAGAGGAAAACGGAACGGAUAUUUCUUCAUUGAUGCAGGAAAGUAAACUACUUUUUCUUCACUCCAAACUUCACCAGCAAACAAAAAAUACAGAAGAAUAUUCGAAAGUUUUAAUGAAAGCAAGAGAUGUUCAAAUCAGAGUUUUGAAAAGAGUGGGUCUUGAACAACCUGAUCAAACAACUGCACAAAAACAGAACGCAGCCAGGAUCUGUUGUGACAUCGCAGAGUUAGCCACAAGCAAUCGUGAAUAUGAACGAUCCAUUCGUUUUUACCAAGAAGCAAUGUCACAUGACCCAUCGCAUAUUGAGGCAAUGUUGUCCCUUGCGAGAUUAUAUUUGGUGGUUGACGACAUGGAUGCUUGUAGACUGCAAUGCUUGAAGUUGUUAGAAGUCGAUAAAAACAACGACUCCGCAUAUAUGAUGAUUGCUGAGAUAAUGUUUCGUAAGCACGACUAUGAAUCAGCCAUAUUCAACUUUCAGCAGUUACUGGAAAGGAAGCCAGAUCAAUAUGAAGCCCUGACAAAGCUCUUAGAUCUAUUACGACGAGCAGGAAAACUUGAAGAAUGUGAUCAAUUUAUUGAACAAGCCGAGAAAUCCUCCCCAGGUGACAGAGAUACAGGCUUGAGUUACUGCAAGGGAAUGUGUGAAUGGUACAAGAAUAAUCCAACUCAAGCAUUAAAUCAUUUCAAUUGGUCACGAAAGGAUGCUUUGUGGGGUGAAAACGCCACGUAUAAUAUGAUCGAAAUUUGUUUGAAUCCUGAUAACGAAACGCUUGGCGGUGAAACAUUUGAAGGAAUGGAUGGGGAUUUGGGAAAUCAAGCUGAGAAGACUGACUCUCAACUUGCUGCUGUCAAAACUGCAGAGAAGCUUUUAAAGGAAUUAAAACCGAAGGGAAAUCGAUUAAAGCAUCAAAUUUUUGAGAAUUAUGCAUUGAUGGCGAACAGGAACAAAUCAAAUAUCGAAAAGGCUCUAUCACAAUUCAUGGAAAUAGCCACAUCUGAGAGGGAUUACUUACCGUCACUGCUUGGCAUGGCGACCGCCUAUAUGUAUUUAAAACAGAUACCUAGAGCAAGAAACCAAUUGAAACGUGUUGCGAAGAUGAACUGGAAUAUGGGGGAGGCUGAAGAGUUUGAAAAAUGUUGGUUACUUUUGGCUGAUAUUUAUAUUCAGAAUGGGAAAUACGAUAUGGCAGGAGAAUUGCUAAAAAAAUGUCUCGAACACAAUAAGUCAUGCUGUAAAGCGUGGGAAUACUUGGGCUUUAUAAUGGAAAAAGAGCAAUCUUAUCAAGACGCGGCGCGGAAUUAUGAAAAUGCAUGGAAAUUUGGCAAUCAAAAUAAUCCUGCGAUUGGUUACAAGUUGGCAUUCAACUAUCUCAAGGCAAAACGAUUUGUUGAUGCAAUUGAUGUUUGUCAAAAGGUUUUGUCUCGCCAUCCGAAGUAUCCGAAAAUUAGAAAAGAAAUUCUUGAAAAAGCAAGAUCUUCAUUGAGAAUGUAGCCAGAAAGAAAUAGAAAAGCCUUAUGGAUGUUUGUUUGAACUGUGUAAAAUAUGUUGUAUAAAAAUCAAAUAUUUAUAUUAAAGAUUUAUUAUUAUUUAGUAGUACAUAAUACAUUCACAAUACAAAGUUCUACAGCUAAA